UGCUUACAGUUUUAGCCACCGCAGCGCUGUACAGCUCCGAAAAUGGCAGUGAUGGAUCAAUGAAUUUGUGAUAGUGUGCUUCAAUUAUGAUUUGUGUGAUUAAAUUGUGCUUAGUGUCAUUCAGAUAAAAGUUUGUGAUAUGGGAAAAGACCAGGAACUAUUGGAAGCAGCUAGAAAUGGAAACGUACCUGUGGUUGAAAAGAUACUCAGUCAACGAGCAAAAAGGAGUGGCCCUUUAGCCAGUUUGAGGAGAGGUCCAGGAGCCAACGUACAAGAUGCCAGUGGUUAUUCAGCAUUACAUCAUGCUGCUCUCAAUGGCCACAAACAAAUCGUGCAACUGUUGCUGACACACGAGGCGUCGACGAACAUCGCCGAUGUGAAGGGCUCGUCCCCCCUCCACCUGGCCGCCUGGUCCGGCAAUGUCGAUAUCGUCAGGUUAUUGCUCAACCAUGGGCCCUCAGUGCCCAAUGUCAACCUGACGACUAAGGACAACGAGACAGCUCUACACUGUGCGGCCCAAUAUGGGCACACGGCUGUUGUCAACGAGCUGCUCGAGCACUGCUGUGAUCCCACUAUCAGAAAUGCCCGCCACGAGAGUGCCCUAGAUCUCGCCGCACAGUAUGGAAGAUUAGAAACAGUGGACCUGUUGGUGAGGACACACCCGGAGCUGGUGGAGCCCUACAUGAGCAGAGGUAGCUGCACUCACCCUCACACACCUCUACAUCUCGCUAGCCGCAAUGGCCACAAAGCGGUGGUGGAGACUCUGCUGGCAGCCGGCAUGGAUGUGAACGCAGUGUCGUUCGGCGGCACAGCGCUGCACGAGGCGGCACUGUGCGGCAAGACAGAGGUGGCACGCGUCCUGCUGCAGGCGGGCGUCGAUCUGCGUCUGCGCGACCAGCACCAUCACACUGUGCAGGACCUGUUGCGACAGUUUCCGCCGCACACCGCGCCGCAUGCCAUCAGCAACAUGAUUUCAAGGCACAAAGCAGCUUUGAGCGGCGGAGACAUGAGCGACGACGAGCUGCUUCGCUGUGACUCGAGUCUGCCGCCCAUUCCGGUGCCCUCGCUCGGCUCCCCCUACGAGAAUGUCCGCAUGCCCCCCGGGGGGCCCCCCUCUCACUCACCCACACACUGGCAUCGGAGGGUGUCAGCGUCGUCUGCUAUCUCCAUUAUGUCAGACAACAACAACAGUGGCCUAUCUAAGUCGCUGAUGGACUCUAGCUAUCUGUCGGGCAACGAGCUGAGUUGCCCCCGCAAUCACCGCGACUUGGAUCAGAUGAGUGUCUCCUCCACCGCCUCCAGUACGGGUCCCUCCCCUUCGCCCUCGCCUCGCGAUAUCUAUCUGCCCAUGACGCCUACUGGGGGCAGUAAAAUAUCGCCAACGCCGCCCAAGAAACCGCCCCGCCGCAACCUGUCAGUGUCGCCCACCCACCUGACCCCCCUCAUGUCGGUGUCUAUGGACUCGGGGGGCGGUGACAUCGGGGAGGGCAGAGGCGGGGGCGGUAGCGUGACUGGGGGGGCCUACGAGUACCUGUUCAUGGCACGCAGCGGAGUACGUAGUCAUGGCGACCUGGACGAGCUGCAUGCAGCCGCUGCCAUGGCUGCUGCCGGCAAGCAGCUCAGGCGCGGCAAGUCCGCCGACCAGUAUGUUGACAUGAGGUUGAGGCGGAGUGUCAACAUCGAUGAUAAGGAGCUAACAGCGAAAACGCCGGACGACCCUAAAUACCAGCCGGUGGCGAUUACGUCACUAUACGAGAAUGUGCCCUUCCGAACCACCAACCCUAGGCGCAAACUGCGACGCAUCGGUCAUGACAGGGGGUACGAGAACUGCGACCCCUCCAUCAUCCUGUCCAGGGGGGACCUGCCCUUCCGAAAGGUGGAUCCGUUAUCACCAGCGACAGCUUCGAACAACGACCAAGCCACUUUCAUCUCGAACGCCUACAUCACUCUCAAGUCAUCCACGGAGAGUCUGCUCAACGGAGACCUGAGAAGGAGCGCAAUGACCAACUGCCCUCUUUCUCCCACCCACUAUCAGCAGCCUCCCACCCCCGACCAUCCACCGCCCUCUGCCAUGCAGGCUGAGAGGAGUAUACACGAGAGGAUACGGCCGUUAAGUCAGGAGUACAGCAACAUAAUGAAGAGGAGGUCGCGGGAUAUUGAGACGGAAACCGACGAGGAACUUUUGCUCCUGGUAUUUCCCAGCCAGAACCACCACUCAUCAUCUGCAACGCACUGUCACAACGACGUAUCAAGCGGCAGCGUAUCAUUGUCCAGCAGCGUAUCAUUAUCCGACAAAAGCGUAUCAACUGAUAACAACGCCGUUGAAGAAUUCGUGGGGGAUGCACCUUUUGCAGAUAAAAACUAUCUUGCCUCUGGAAAAUUACGGCGAUAUUGUACUCUACCAAACAGACUGAUGAAGGGCUCCGUGAGUGAAAGCAUCAGUUCACACGCGACCGGCAAAGCGGAGCGACCGAAGACGCUGCGGGGACGUCUACGCAACGUGUUCUACGACCAUAAGGAGGACUCCACCUCCUCAGCCACCUCGGCAGCGGCUGUCUCCUCCUCGGUGACCUCCUCCUCCACCUCCUCAGCAGCUGCCCUGGCCUCCUCGGCAGGUGGCGGAGGAGGAGACAAGACGCUGGCUAUUCUGAGUCCCUUUGACGAGCAGGAGGAAUGGGCCAAGAUUUCGGAGAUCAUGGCGUCGUUUGGGACAGGACUGGUCCGGGAGUCGGUCUUCGUCACAGAGCUGGAGAAGGAGUUCCAGGCUAGGCUGGGUCUAAGUAGGUCUGAAAGCACAGUGGAUAGCCCAAUCAGCCAAAGCACAACGGUCAACCAAUGGCUUACCUCACUUGGACUUUCUGACUACGAAUCUCUCUUCAUCAACUACGGCUAUGAUAAUCCUGACUUCAUUAACGGCGUCCUAGACGACUCAGACCUGAAAGACAUGGGCAUUGGCAACGACAAAGACAGAAAAACAAUUUUGGACGCCUCUCGCUCGCUGCCCUGCAAAGUGCGCGACGCUUUCGUCUCAGUCGCGCUCAACAAUAACAACAAUCACGUGAUCAAAGAUGGCGGCGGUGGAGAGAGGCCACCUGAAAGUGGUGACGGAAAUUCAUCGACUACAACGAAUAAUUCUCAAACUACAGCAGAAGGAAAUGAUGUAGAUGAGUGGUUGGGCAAACUGCAGUUGGAGGAGUACUGUGAGACGUUCAGAAGACAUUUGUACACUGAGAUGGAGAAGGUUAGUAGGAUUUGGGAGGUGGAACUGACCGCUGUGUUGGAGAUUGAGAAGGCGGGACAUCGGAAGCGGAUUCUGGCCUCGCUGCCGCAGACCAAAGAGCGGUGUCCCAACCUGCCGGCCGGGUUCCCCAAGCAGACUGCGGCGCCCAAUAUCGAAGACAUUAAUGCUGAUCUCAGUCAAUUGAAGAACAACAUCCAGCAACUGAAAGAAGAGAUCCGAGUGAAACUGCCGCAACAGCAGUCAGCAUCCAACUCCGGCACUGGCCAACAGAGCAACACCGGCACUCUGCGUCACAGCCACAAGAAGUCGCGACCCGCCCCUCCGCCACCCCCCGGGGGCAGUCCGCCGCCUUCUGCCGCCUCCGACCUCGAGAUACGGGCUCCCUCGGAGCUGCUAGUCGGAGUCCCCGCCACACUCACGGCGCAGUGGAGGCAUAGGCCUCAUGCCCUGCUGGCUGGCCAUAUCACCUACACUGCACUGUACCUGGGAUCCACUUUAGUCCGAGAUAUGCGAGGGACUGAGUCAACAAAGAAAUCUAUUCAAAAGCUGAAAAAAUCAACAUCAGGAAAUGAAGAGAAAUCCAUUCCAGAAAUCAUACUAGCGAUUUCCUAUAGAGGAGUGAAAUUCCAUACGUCUAAUCAGGAACUAAUUUGUGAGCACGAGAUAAGGAAUAUCCAUUGUGCUUGUCAGGACGCUGAAGAUCUCACACACUUCGCCUACAUUACCAAAGAUCACGCCAGUAAAAGUCACUUUUGCCACGUAUUCUGUGUUCAAACAAUGGAUCAAGCAACUGAAGUUAUACUCACACUAGGCCAAGCUUUUGAGGUAGCCUACCAAAUGGCCUUGAGAGAGAACCUUGCCAGCAACCGUUCUCAGCUGAGCAAACAAUCAGCUGGCAACACAAGUAAUGGCCACACAAGGUCAAGGUCGGUCAACCAGAUUGUCAGUCAGAACAGUCCUGGCACAGUGACGUCAUCAUCACCACAGACCAAUCACUCAAGGUCACAUUCUGUGAAUGAGAUCAAGGUCAAUGGAGCAUCCACAAAUAGUUCACCACAAAAGUACCAGGAGGGAGGAGGUCAUCCAUCAACACCAUCAUCUGUGGUUGGUACCCCUGGUCGGGCGCCAAUUGUUAUGUCUGAAGAUAUUUAAGUUGGAAAAACUGGUUGGAACUGGUUACAAUAUUAAAAUCAGUAUGCUUAGUCAUUCUUUAGUUGCCACAUUCCAGGUGUGGAGUUCAAGAUAUUUUGAUGAGGUUUUUUCAAGAUUGACUGGGCAACUGCUACAACUAGCUACUAAAUUUUAAUUUUCAACCGUUUAGUGGCAAUUGAAAUGUGGAGUUCAAUAUGGUUUGUAAUGUGCUGUGAAUAACUCAAGUCAUAACAAGAGUAUUAAGAAUGUAUUCCAUCAGUAGUAACAAAUUUAGCCAUGAAUCAAGAUUAUAUAUUAUGUGCUGUGAAAAAAAAAUGAUAAAAAAUAUGAAAAUGCACUACCAGAAGAAAUCAAGGAAAGAAAAAUGUAAAAUGUCAUGUUUUUGAGGUUCUGUGCUGUACAAGCUGCUGGCUCGCCAUCCUGUUGGCCAUGAAAUAAUGAUGAAAUCAAAUUGAAUCAGGCUGAGAUUUGACUUCAAGUGCUGUGCAUCAUUUUGAUAGCAGGGAGGAAUUCUGUCUGUGUUGUGUGUGUAUCAUAUCAGUAGGAGGUAUAUGGUUUUCCAUUUACCAGGGUAUCAUAGGAUAUAUCUGUACAACAGAGAAUUGGCAUCCUGGUAAUUCAUGAUACUAUCAAAACUACUUCAAGUAUGCUGCUGAACUUCAUACCAGGAGGUAUCAAAUUUAAUCAAGCCACUGCAAGAUACCAGGAGGCUCACAAUAGGAGGUAUACCAUCUGCUGCCUGGUACUCUACUAUGGAAUAACAUUGCUGCAACUCCCUUCUCUUCAUGUGUCUCUUCUGGUUACCAUUUUUCAUGGUGAUACUUCAUUUGUGAUUUAUCCUGAACAAGGUAAAAGCAAAAAUGUUUGAUAUCUUGAAUUUCCAACUAUUAUUACAUGUAGUACUCGAAUUAUUUGUAUUACUUGAUGAUAUUGUAGUUAACAAUUGUCAAGGCUAAGAAACUCGCAUGAAUAUUAUGCGCCUUAAACUCAGGCCUACUUGUUAAAAUUUAACAAAAACGUUUUUGUAAUAAUUGAUCUCAUCGAAUCUAUUUGCUACAAAUCAAAAAUUUCAAUUCAAUCCAAACUCAAUAAAAUGUGGUUUUCCACCCUAACUCAAUACACUUGAUUUUCCAUUCAAACAAAUAUUUGUUCUUGAUGUUACCAUAAUGUAUGCUGUAAAGUUACCAAUAUUAUUGGGAAUUGCUAAAAUCCCCUAGCAACCUGGAUUAUACACAACUCUGACAUGAAUCUUUCCGAAGAAACAGUGAAGUUCUCGAAUAUUCUUUAACUACAAUUCAAAUCCCAAAGUUGUAUAAUAAUCAUUGUGAGUUUCAUAACCUUGUACAGAGUGAAUAAUAUGUGUUGUAAUAUAAUAUAUUUUGAAACUGUAGUCAAACAAAUUCUAUCACCAGUGCAAAGUUUCCAAAAAUGUAAGUGACAGUUUUAGCUUCACCAUUAUUUUUAAUUUGAUAAUCUCGUUGUUAUUCGAAGUAAAGAUAGUUUAUCUUGAUGAACAAAUUAUUGAAGCAAAUUCGCAUAACGUGCCUGUUACUAAAUAGGACGCUAAUUGACACUUGAGUGAUAAGGUAUAAUAGCACAAUAAUAGUAUGUUGUUCAUACUUUACCUUGAAAUCUCCAGAGACUCGUCAAACCAUGACUAAGUUUAUAGAUUUUUAAAGUCUAUGAAUCAAAAUAUAUGAAUAGGGUAUUAUCCUAGUUUUUAAUACACUAUUGGAAUGAACUAUUCCAUUUACAAAUUGUGUGUGAGCUAGUAUGAAUCGAUUAUUGAGCAUGAAAAAGUCUUACAGCAAUGUGUAUCUUAAUACCGAGUCAAUAGCUGCAUUAAUAUGCAAUUCAAACUGAAUGACCUCUCAUUUUACUCCCGUGAAUUCUAAUUCAAACAUUAUAUUCAAAUUAUUUAUUACAAAUCAUAUUUUUGGUCUACUCUGUCACAUUAAAUGAUUUUUUGGUCUCAUGGUUUUCAAAUAUCAAAAAGAAAACCAUUUACAAUUCUCAAAAAAUUUGAAUAGCUCCUAAAUAUUGAAAACAUCGAAGCAUCAUUGUAUUCUUGGAUAAGAUGUCCAUUUCAUUACAUAUUGUGAACUUUAUCAUGAAUUUUGUGUACAACUGCAGCUUUUAAUAUCAUAUUGGUUUGCUGCGCGUUGAAUGGAAGUGCUAAGUUGAUAAUCCUCAUUGUUAAAGCCUCGCAAUCAUUAUCAGGAUGUAAUAAUAUAGAUUUAAAUAACAUAAUAUUCCAAUCUGCAGGGAAUUAUUUAUUAACAAUCUUUAAACUUGGUGUCAUUCUAUGUGAAUAAUUUUUCCAAUAGACUUCUCCGUAAUACGUAUGUAGUGUAGCCUACCUAUUCUGGGUGAAACAUUUUGGAAUUACGACGCAUUUUUUAAACUAUAAUAAUUUCUGAAUGCAAUACUUAUGUGAAGUAGUCUUUAAUGGCAGCAGGUCUGUCUAUUUUCUACAUGUUGUUAUGUGAUUCGUGUUUCGUGGUGUACUUGAUUCCUCUUGAAACCUCCUAGUUUUCCUCACUCGAGUAUGUUUUGUAACUAUUCGAUCUCCCCUUUCUAUUAGUCCAUGGUCCAGUCAAUCUCUUCAGCAUUUAACGUUCAACGUCUCGCUCUCAAUAAUGGAGAGAGAAACCUAUUUUGAAUUUUAUUCUCUCUGAUCUCUGCAAUCAAUGCAUUGUUAUAAGUGAUCUUUCUACCCCUAUCACUUUCUCUCUCUCUCACACAUAUACACUUUCAGUCACCUCCCCUUUUACUUGCUUUUCUCUCAUCUCUCUCUUCCAAUCUCUCCUCUCUAUCUUACUUUCUCUAUUCUCGACCUCCUCCCCUUUUCUCACCACAUCACUGACUUCAACUUAUUCACUCCCUCUCUCGCCCCUCUGACUCUCACUCUCUCUCCCUCUUUCUCUUCACUCCCUUGACCCAAACUACGUACUCAAAUCUAGUCUGGAGACUGAUCUACUUGCACAAAAUGUUCAAUUGUGCAAACGGGUUUUUGCACAAAUUUUUCAAAAAUCGGGACUGAUUUAUGAGCUUGUGUAUUGAGCAAUCUUUCUUUUAAAAAGAUGAUAACACCAAUCGAGUUUUUGUGAAAAAUUAUUUGGAACAAAUUGAUGUUAAGCAACUUUGUUUUACGAAAAAUACAUACAAAUAAUAUAAUCAAACCUCAAGCAAUGACUUUAUACUCAACAACAAAUAAUGUAUGUGUGUCUAGGUAUAUGAAUGUAUGUAUAUUAUCGAAUAUGAAAAUAUAUGUUUUAGAGGAAAGCCACAACUGUGAUUUAUAACUUAUUUGUAUCGAAAUAUUGUGUAUGUUGUAUGUAUUUGUGUGUGGUAUGUAAGUUUCACAUUUUCAAUGUGAUAUUGUUUUUAUAUUCCCGGAUUAAUCGUUGUUGUUCAUUUUAGAUAUCUCGUAGGAUUAAAAAGGGUGGCUUGGAAAGAUCUUACACAUUAAAAACAAUGUAGAAUAAUUUAUUUCUAUUCAUUUUAAUGAGCUAAUAUUCGUCAAAUUCUAAUCAAUAUGGAAGAUUUAUAAUUGAUUUAUUUGAACAUUAUUUCUUAGAAUUUUUUUCAUUAAUCUAUUCAAAUUAGCAGGGUCAUGUCUGUUUUUCAUUUCCAUAUUUUUUACUUGUGUUUUUUAUGAAAUAUUCUCUCCCUCUUGUCAAUCUUCUAUAUUUUUAAUAUCUUUUCUCUUUUUUGAAAUACGUUUACAUCUUCUCUUGUUCCUUUAAUGCAUUUAUCUGUCUGUUUCUUUGUAUUUGUCCCUCUAUAUAAAUUAUUUGAAUCCAUUAAAACUUACUAAUUGAUUCAAAAUAAUGAUUCUAUUGAUGUUCAACUUCUUUUCUUUCUAGCAAUGUCUUCAACUUUUGUAUUUCAUCAACUGAUUUAUUCUUGUGGAUUAUAUUGAAUACAGUUGCGCAUCCCAAUAAUGAAUUCCAGUUAUCUCAGUCAAGUUUAAUGGGAAUUUAAAAUCAAUUCUGAUAAUUUUACCUAAGCAUUAACAAUUGCUUAAUAUCAAGUAAAUUAUUCAGGGUUCACCAUACAAACAAAUUGAAAGUAAUCGAAAUCAUUUUACUAUAAAAUCGCGUAAUAAAAAGCUUAUAUUCAUAGAUGAUAGUGUUUAAUUGUAUUGAAUUGACAGUUACUAAUAGUAAACUCUACAAACUAAUUAUAAUGCAAUAUUUACAGUAAGACACAAGUACAAUUUUCUUAUGCGAGACCAAUUUUUAAAU